ACUUUAGUCCUUUAUGAUGUUCAAAGAAAUAUUGUCUUGGGGGACAAGUUCCAACUUUUUGUCUUAUAAACAUUGCUUGAAAUUCCAGUGUGAUGAAAUCAAAUUUUACACAUUGUUGCCUCCUCCUAUCAUCAUUUCCAUUAAUUGCUUCAUUCACCAAAUUAGCAAUUUUAACUAAUCUGUUUUAGAUCAAUUUAUCCAAAUAAAACUAUUUUUAACUGUAAACAUAAUCAAACCUAACAGUUCUACUAAUCUCUAUCUUACUUAAAGAUUCAAGCCUUUUUUUUUUUUGUUCCUUUCAGUUCACAUUGAGAAAAUCAAAUUCGGGUCAUUGCUGAUGCCCGGUUCAAAAUCCAAAACCCUAAGCGCUUUGUUCCGUUCCGCCAAUAAAUUAGCAAAACAAUGGAAAUCCGGUGUUCCUUCUACUUCAGCACAAGAUGUUGCUCUAAAACAAUAUGUAUCUUCCAUUAAAUCAACAUCUAAUGUUUCUUCAAAGCCUCUCAGUGAAAUAGCAGCCGAAAGCUUGAAUUUUAAUGACUCUGGAAAAUCGGCAAAGUUGCUGACAAGAGAAAUAUCGUCGAUACUCUGUGGUGAUUUAGAUUCUUAUUUGAGCGAUUCAGAAACGAGUAGUAAUGGAAGUUGUUUGGAAAAUGUAUUGGAUGUACCAUGGUUAUCAAAUGUAGAAAAAAACAAUGCGUCAUUGCGGCGCAAAGAAAUAGCAAGAGAAAGGAAGGAAAAGUGGACCUUCAAGAGUAGUCAGACUAGUCGUUUCCACCAGUUGGUUAAACAAUGUGCCUGUAAACUGGGGACUGAAACUGCCAUUAAGGUGUUUGUCAAAUUGGGACGAGAAACUGGCCUGAAAGAAUAUAAUGCUCUAAUAAGACUCUGUAUAGAGAAGGCCAGAGAAACUAAUGACGAAGAGAUGUCAUUGAAGCAGCUUUCAAAGGCUUAUCAACUUCUUAAAUCAAUGAAGGAACAGGGUUUCCAAGUAGAAGAGGAGAGCUAUGGUCCAAUUCUUAUGUAUUUUAUUGAUUUUGGCAUGGUACAGGAGUUUGAUUUUUACUGUGAGCUCAUUAUAGAUAGAAAUGCUGAUUCACUUGCAAGAUUAGCUUACUAUGAGAUGUUGCUUUGGAGUAAAGUUGAAGAUGAAGAUAAAAUAGAAGAACUCCUCUACCAUCUUUCUCUUUAUGAUGAUGAGGAUAAAUCUGCCUUUCAAGAAAACUAUCUCUUAGCACUGUGCGAAAGGGACCGAGUUGAGGAUUUUGUGAGGCUGCUACGAACUGUUGACAUAACAAAAAUUUCAUCUACUGAUUGUGUCACAAAUAUCUUCAAGUUCUUGGGGAAGUUGCUAUUGGAGUCCUUCGCAAAGAAGUUUCUUCAGGAGUUGGUAACAAGAGAUAUUGGAGCAGAAGACAUCUCAAAAUUUAUUUACAAUUAUACAACUAGCAUGCCAAAUUUAGCGGUUGAAGAUGUUAUCCUUGAAUUCAAAAAUUUACAUGCUGAGUUGGAGCUUAGGCCAAUAUCGUCCCAGUAUCAGAAGCUUAUUAUGUACUGUUGUGAGUUAUUUAAGGUACAUGCUGCACUAGAUAUGGUUGAUCAAAUGUUUGAAGCAGGUCUGACAUUACCGUUGGAGACAUUUAAUUCCAUACUGGAAGCCUGCGAUAAAAGCUGUGAGUAUAAUUUGGUUCAUCGAAUAUAUUCAAUGAUACUUCAUCAUGAUAUCACGCCAAAUAGCGAGACCUUCAGGAUUAUGAUAAAUAUGACUGUGAGAACAAAGGAUUUUGAAGGCGCAUAUGGCAUGCUCAAAGAUUUGGAGAAGUUCAACGUGAGGCCUACCACUAACAUGUAUAAUGCCAUAAUGGCAGGAUAUUUCCGAGAGAAAGACACUCAUGCUGCUUUAAAGGUUCUCAAACAUAUGGAAGAUGCUAAUGUGAAGUCAGACUCUCAAACUUUCAGCUAUCUGAUAAGCAAUUGCACGAGUGGGGAUGACAUAUCUAAGUUUCUUGAUGAGAUGAAAGAUUCUGGAGUCCAACACACAAAGCAUGUAUAUAUGUCGCUAAUAAAUGGAUAUGCAGCUUCUGGACAGUUUGAAAAGGCUAAACAGGUAAUCUAUGAUCGAAGAGUACCUGUAAAGGGUUUCAAUGAAAUUAGAAGUGUGCUUGUUGCAGCUCUUGCUUCACAUGGGCAAAUAUCAGAUGCCCUUAAAAUAUAUGAGGAAAUGAAAGAAGCUCAAUGCAAGUUGGAGCCAAAAGCGAUUAUCUGUCUCAUUGAAAACCUUCAAUCUGAAGGAGAUUUGCGUAGAUUGCUCCACCUACUUGAGCAAUUAAAUGGCCUCGAUCAUUGGGUUGAUGCCGCCUAUAGGGUCAUAACAUAUUGUAUUCGGAAAGAUCACUUCAGAUCUAUUGUUGACUUGCUUAAAAAGCUGGUAGAUGCAUACAAGUAUGAUGAAGUGGCUAAGGAAGUUCUAUUCGAUGAGGUUUUCUGCCAGAUUGCGGAAAAAGAUCCAAUAAAUUUACAGUUAGGCUUGGAUCUCCUUCAGGCUAUUAAGAAAGAGAUUGGUCUCCUCCCUUCACGACAAAGUCUUGAUUUCCUCCUCAGUGCUUGUGUCAAUGCGAAAGAUUUACAAGCUUGUUAUCUGAUUUGGAAGGAGUACAAAAUAGCUGGUCUUCCUUACAAUAUUUUAAGUUAUGUGAGGAUGUAUCGAGCCUUGUUGGCAUUAGGGGACUACAAAUCUGCAGCAAAUAUUCUCAAUAAAAUACCAAGGGAUGAUAUUCAUGUUUGCAGUGUAGUCCAAGCUUGUCAAGAAGCUUAUGGAAUGUCUGCCUCCACAAAAGGGAAAAAGGAAAAAAAGAAAAUUAGGAAGGAUGUGAGAUGUGAGAUUUGAUAAGUGAAGUUCGUAGGAGAUUUAGAAAAUUCUUCGCACUUGUUUGAGAUCAACAUUUUGCAGAUCUUGUAGAUGUACAACUUUUAGGGCUGAGAACUCGUUCUUUUUCAUGUACCCUGUGAGAGCUCUAUAUUAGUCCUGCUUUGAAAUUGCCCUGAGAUUAACAAUAAGUUGGGAAGUGGAUCAAGAGAAAAGAGACACUUCAUUUGACUUCUGGUAUCAUGGAAUCAUUGCCUAUAAUCAUUUGCGGCAUAGAAGGAACUUGCACUGAAAUGUACAAGGACUAAGAAUCAAGUGGUGAAGUCCGGCUUGUUUCAAUUUGAAGAGGACCUGUAACAUGUGUUUUCCCGAGUUCUCUGUAGACUCAUUUGUUAAUUUAGGGAUCAGGUACGUGAUAGUUUAGGUAUUUUUAAUUGAUCGAUGGUACACACAUUUACACCUCCAAAUUUCCCUCGUGGUAUUUUCGAUAGUUUAGAAGGGGCCUUAUAUGUACUUCCAUUUGGUCGCUAGCCGUUUGUCCCAUGCUAACAUUUCAGACCAUCUGGUUCAAAUGUGAAACAGAGCAGAUUGGUUUGGCUUUUACUUAUAAGAAAAAUGAGAAAUCCUAUUUGGAGCAAUGCAAAAAGUGUUCAAUUGUAAACUGAAUUGUUUGGCCUCUCUAAUAAAAGCAAUUGUUCAGUUCU